CCAAAUAAAGAUGACAAUGAGUGACAGAUGUGGUGAGAAAGUUGGCAACCAUGAGAGCACCGCUGUAUGUCAUUGUAAGAAAAAUGGCGGCAUAUGACAUUUCGUCGAAUUGUUCUGAGUAGGCAGGCGUUCUGUCUGUGUCAUAUUUGUUCUUUCACCACGACAACAUGGCGACAUUCGUGUUGCUGGUUGAAUUACACUGAAUUAGCAUUCUGUAAGUGUAUAUUUUGUGCCUUCUUCAGUAUAUAUGUUUUGUGAAAACUGACGCAUACCGGCGCAAACCAGAUUUUCAAAAGAAAAAAGUUUUAAAAAAGGAGUAGGACUUGUUUGAGGCAAUUCUAGUCGCUGUCGCUGUUAAGGACAACUUUUUAGUUAGCAAUGACUUCUACAAGUUUCAAUGUCGGUUUUGGUGAGAGCUCGAAAAAUUCCAGCAGGGUGCUGCGGCCACCAGGUGGUGGACAUACGAAUAUAUUUGCUACUGAAGAUGCACCAAACAUAAAAAAGGAUCAUGGGCGUAAUGCAUCUUCCAUCUUGGAAGGAACCAAUCAAAAUACCGUUCAAGCUAGCCCGGUGAAGAAAACGCAAGAACAGGAGCCUCCUAAACCGGCUCAGCAAGCUCAUCAACUGCAACAGAAACAAAAGGUACCACCAGGUGGAUUUUCUUCUGGGUUGUGGUAAAACUGUAAUGAGAUGAGGCUGACUGUUCUUUUAUAACUGCCCCUAAACGUCCAGGACCUAAUACAAAGCUAAUACUAAAAAAAUAUUGUUUUGUACAUUCCUUUCACUGUCCCUAAAGAAGACACAAGUAGAUAAGGGUGUCAUGUAACAAAAUCAUUGUAUGGAUAAAAUUGACUUUGAACAUUUGUUAUUGGAACCUUUUACUUCAUCGAAAAUUAAUAUAUAGUUUAAUUAGUUUGUUAUUAUCUUGUUUUUAUAACGAAGUGAUCACAGAAUGAAAGAAUCACUCCUUAAAGUUAGUUUAAUGCGAAAAAAUUUUACAUGAUACCUUUAUCCAUUUGUGUCUUCAAUUCCUCGCUGUUUAUUGACAUUCUUCUGUAAUAAAUAUUUAGAAUGCUUAUCUGAUUGUCUGAAUGACAAUCUUCAUGUUUGGCUCCAAAAUUGAAAUACAGCGGAAAAGCUCACGUUUAGACAUGCCCCCGCAUAUUUCGAUUAUAGGAUCAUUCAAACUGUAAUGAUGGACAAAUAAAAUAGCUGAUGAUAGCACUGUAUUUGUCUUUGAGAUUUAAGGUAGUGAGACCUUAUACUUAUGAUUGUGGGUAUGAACAGAAACUUAGAAUAUACAAUGCGAUAUGUCCUUGGACAGUUCAGUAAUUCAACCUAUGAAAUCAUGUUGAUAGAGCAAAAAAUCAAUAGAAAAAACAUCAGUUUCGCUGGUAUUAUUUCUAGGUACUAUAUUAUCGAUUGAACUUGCUUUUAACCUUUUCAUUUUUAAUUAGUUAUUUUAUUUAAUCUACUUCUAACUUUCGAAAUAAUAUUAUUGAAAAGUUCAUUGGCAAUAUCUGUAAUUUGAUCCAUUUUUGGGGGCAUAAGUGUGAUCUAAUUCUUGUAAAAAAUCACAAACUUCAAACAAUGGCUUUGAAGAUCAAGGUUAAGAUCAAAUACAAGGUGGGAAGUGACCAUCAGAUAACAUUAUCUGUCCAUUAUAUUUCAUUAUUAAAUGUUAAAUGUUGUUUGAUAUUUGCAAGGUUAAAUUAUUGAAAUAAACGUCUUCAUCUGAGCCAAAAAUGUUCCACUCAUUUGUUUCAAUUUUGUAAUCAAUCUAAAGGUAAGAGUCUUGUAUGUUUUUCUCUAUGACGCUGUCAUAUGCAAACGUUUUGAACAUCCCGUGUUCAUCAGCAUUUUUAUAAACUGAUUAUAAGCUUCCGCCUAUAUUUUGUACAAUGUAUCACAAAAAUCAUAUGCACCAAAUAUAAUUUUCUUUUCUUAA